AUGGCAAAACGUUGGGCGUCUUCUCCAAGGAAAACUUUCCGUGUGGCGAGCCUUCAUCAAGGACAAGAGUUUCGACACGGUGGACAUCAGCGAACCAAUCGCGAACAUCAUGCCCUCCAAGGUGGACUCCGAGGUUAUCACCAUCAGACGGUAGAUGUAUUCAACAAGUACGUCAAGGAUGACGUCAUGGAGAUUAUGGAUGCUGAUAAGAAAUCCAACUACUCGAAUGUCGUCCGAACGUUGCUGGUCAAUCCGACGGAAACGAUUCAGAAGCACUACACUUUACUGCUCAAUCUGGUUUUCGACGUCGGAAUGGAGUAUGCCAAGAAGAAGGAUCUCAAACUAAGACAUGAUGAAGCACUAGAGUCAAUCCUCGACGGUGGGGACUACAAAGGCGAUAAAGUGGUUGCGGAUGGACCGACACGGCUCCAGAUAGCGUCUCGACAGGUAUUUCCAAGGAGCCUGCCGAAGUUUUAUGGAGCAGCAGAAGAGUGGCCGAUCUUUAUCAGCGCCUACGAGCAGGCAAACCAGUCCUGUGGAUUCACCAACGCAGAGAAUUUGGUCCGUCUACAGGAUGCUCUGAAGGGGAAAGCAUUGGAUACGGUUCGAAAUCGUCUGCUUUUGCCGGAGAACGUGCCGUUGAUCAUCGAGAAGCUGAGGAAGAGAUUCGGGAAUCCGGAGAUCCUGUCAAUCAGAUUGGCGACAAAGAUCCAGCAGCUAGAGGGACCAAGCACGAAGAGUUUGGAGUCGGUGAUCGAGUUCGGAAGUGCCGUCGAAGAGUUUACUCAGCAUCUCAAAGCGGCCGGGCUGGUGGACCACUUGAAGAACCCAAUUUUGAUGCAGAGUCUAGUUCAGAAGCUGCCGUCGUACUAUGUCAUGGAGUGGGUGGACUACAAGCGACGCGCACAGUCAGUCGACUUGGAAACAUUCGGUGCAUUCAUGGAAGGUCUCGUAGAGAAGGCGUUAGAAGCAACCUUCGAGAAGGCAGAUGCAAAGGAGAAGGGUAAGAUGCGAAAUAGACCACAAACGAAGGCUUUCGUUCACGUCACGGAUGGAGAUAGCGGCCGGUCUGGGAGUGUGAUGUCAGCUGGGAAGAAUUCGUCACCCCAACCCCAGCGCCGAGAGUUGAAGUGUUCCGUGUGCCAAAAGUCUGGGCAUUACGGAAGGAACUGCCAGGAAUUGCUCAAACAGAGUGUUGCAGAGCGGUGGAAAACGGUGACUCGGUUGAACCUCUGUCCACUCUGCCUUUACGACCAUGGACAACGAUCAUGUCGUAUAAGAGUUCGUUGCAAGGUAGAUGGCUGUCCGGAAAACCACAAUGCCCUUCUUCAUGGUGGACCAGCCGGAUACUCGCGAACUCAGGUGCAGUGUAAUAGUCAUCGUCAGUCGAAAUGUGCAGUUCUGUUUAGGAUGGUUCCAGUGACGCUAUACAACGGCAAGAAAAGAGUAGAUACUCUAGCACUCAUCGAUGAAGGAUCUUCGGUUACCAUGGUGGACAGUGAAUUGGUGAGAACGUUGGGUGCCGAUGGACCAGUGGAACCACUGCAGAUGACUUGGACAAACGGCGUACAGCGCACGGAGUAUCAGUCGAAGAAAGUGGUGCUUGAGAUAUCUGCCAGAGACUCGUCGAGUAGAUACGAUCUGCUGGAAGCUCAUACGGUGCACAGGUUAAACCUCCCUGCACAGAAGCUGGAUUCAGCGAAGUUGGUCCAGGAGUUUAAGCACCUUGAAGACAUCGACAUUCCCAGUUACGAGAGAACUACACCGAAGGUGCUGCUGGGGAUCGAUAAUCUUCACUUGAUCGCCCCGCUGGACUCACGAAUCGGAGAAUCUGGUAAACCAGUUGCCAUUUUGUGCAAGCUCGGCUUGACGGCUUAUGGUCCACAACCAAACGUCGUAGGAAAGGUGCAUUUUCUGGGACACCAUCGGUGCUCGUGUGAGGAGUGCAGCAAAGCGGAUAAGGAUCUGGACGAGGCGAUGAAGAAACAUUAUCAACUUGAAGACGUCGGAGUGUCACCUAUUCGUUUAGAAUCGAAGGAAGAUCGUAGAGCACGCGAGAUUUUGGAGAAGACCACUCGAAGAGUGGGUAGCAGGUUCGAGACAGGAUUACUCUGGAAAGAAGAUGAUGUUCGAUUUCCGGAGAGUUUAGACAUGGCCAUGAAGCGGUUGCGAUGUUUGGAGGCUCGGAUGGACCGGAAUCCUGGAGUGCAGGAAUGUUUGCAGAAGCAGUUGGAAGAAUAUCUUGCCAAGGGCUACGCGCAUCGUAUCACCGAGCAGGAGUUAAAGGAGACGCCGAAGAGUAAAGCUUGGUACCUACCGCUGAACUACGUGGUACAUCCGAAGAAACCUGGCAAGGUGCGGUUGGUCUGGGAUGCGGCAGCGAGGGCUCAUGGAGUGUCGCUUAACGAUAAGCUGUUGAAGGGUCCAGACAUGAUAACGUUGCUACCAGCUGUUAUAAGUGGAUUCCGCGAGAGAAACGUGGCGUUUGGAGGUGACAUUAGGGAAAUGUUUCAUCAAGCAUGGGUUCGUGCAGAAGACCGUCAGGCACAACGGUUCCUAUUCGUGGGUCCGAACGGAGUGGUGGAAACGUACGUGAUGGAUGUGGUUAUCUUUGGCUCGACCUGUUCGCCUUUCUCCGCACAGUACGUGAAAAACUUGAACGCGCGGGAACAUGCCGAGCAGUAUCCGGAGGCUGCCGAUGCUAUCGUCCGAAAGCACUAUGUCGACGACUAUUUCGACAGUGCCGAUACAGUAGAGGAAGCGGUGAGACUAGCGAUGGAUGUGCGACGUGUACACGCCAACGGUGGGUUCGAGAUUCGGAACUGGGUUUCCAACUCACAGGAAGUGUUACAUCAGCUCGGAGAGGAGAAGUCUGUGGUGAAACCACUAGAAGUAGACAAGCAUUGCGCUACGGAGAGAGUCAUGGGAGUGCUGUGGGACCCGGAAGGUGAUCACUUCGUUUUCUCAACGGAGAUUCGCCAAGACCUUCAGCCCUACAUUCGGGAAGGUGCUUGGCCAACAAAGAGGAUUGUGUUGCGGUGCAUUGCCAGCACGUUCGAUCCGAAGCAGUUCCUGGCUCCGCUGUUGAUACACGGACGGAUCAUAAUGCAGGAUUUAUGGCGUAGUGGCAUAGGUUGGGACGAGAAGCUCACGGAAGCUCACUACAAGCGGUGGGUGCAGUGGACACAGCUAUUCCAUCUAAUCGAUGAGAUUCGUGUUCCACGGUGUUACCUCGGUGGAUUGGACUCGAAGGUCUAUGAAACGGUGCAGUUACACGUUUUCACUGACGCUGGAGAUGCGGCAUAUGGAUGCGUGGCCUACUUCAGGUUCGAGGACGGCGAAGUCGUUCACUGCGCAUUCAUCGAGGCCAAAGCGAAGCGUCGUGGUGUGGUGUGGUGUGACUCGGAUACGGUAGUAUCAUGGGUGAAAUCGGACCAACGAAGGUAUAAGCCGUUUGUUGCCUAUCGCAUUGGCGAGAUCCUCAGCAUCACGAAUCCAGAAGAAUGGCGUUGGGUAGGAACGAAGGACAAUCCAGCGGACGAUUUGACGAAGUGGGGCAAAGGAACGGAGAUCAAGUCGGGAAGCCGAUGGUUCCAUGGACCGGAUUUUCUGUAUCACGGAGUGGAAGAAUGGCCGAAGCAAAAGCGUCCAAAGGUGGAAGUUGCCGAAGAGCUCCGGGCGAGCGUGCUGCUGCAUCACAUCGGGUUACCCGAGGGGUUUACGGAGAGGUUGCAGCAUAUUUCGGGUUGGACAGUAAUGGUGCGGACCCUAGCAACAGUGUUCCGAUUCGCGUCCAACUGCCGGCGACGCGUCAAGAAGCUGCCGAUCGAAGCCGUUAGGAAAGGUGUCAAGCAAGGAUCAACGUUCCCCGCCGUGGAUGUGCCGUUGCGACAGGAGGAGUACCAGGCUGCAGAAACAGUUUUGUGGAAGGUAAUUCAGGCAGACGAGUUUGCCGACGAAGUGAGGACCCUGGUGAAGAACAAGGAUUCGACAGUACAUGAAAUGUCACUAGAGAGGUCGAGUAAGCUGUAUCGUCUUGCACCGUUCCUGGAUGAGGAUGGUGUCGUGCGGAUGGAAGGUCGUACAGAAGCGGCGGAAUAUGCGGCAUUUGAUGCGAGGUUUCCGAUCAUUCUGCCGAAGGACCACGUGGUGAUUCGAAGGUUAUUAGAACACUACCAUCGGCAGUAUGGGCACAGCAGCAGAGAAACCGUUGUAAACGAAGUUCGGCAGCGAUUCUACAUUCCGUGUCUCCGAGCGCUAGUAGAUCAAGGCAGCGUUUGGCGGCGAGGGUCGAUCCGUUUUCGUACGUCGGCAUAG